CCAACCCUAUAGAAAGAACGACAACACUUCUGGGUUUUGGUUGGUUUUUGCAGUUGUUGCAGCAUCGUUCUUUGGUACUUCUGUCCACAAGGAUUACAAAUCGUACAUAUAGUAAAUUUCUGAAAAAAAUAAAAAUAUUUCUGGGUUUUGGCUGUUUUAGCAGCAGCAUUAAUCUUUUGUUGGGGGUCUAAUAAUGGACGCCUCUGGUGAUAUCUACAAGGUCAGUGGUAGUUUACGAGGAAGUUUACGAUUACGCGGUUCGUCGGCAUGGAGGAAUAAUGCUAUGGAUGUUUUCUCGAAGUCUUCACGAGAAGAAGAUGACGAAGAAGCUCUUAAAUGGGCUGCCCUCGAAAAACUUCCAACGUUUGAUCGCCUAAGAAAAGGUAUACUAACUACUUCGAAAGGCGAGGCCAGUGAAGUUAAUAUACAGAGUCUUGGAUUUGAAGAAAGGAAGAAAUUGCUAGAGAGGUUGGUGAAAUUGGCCGAAGAGGAUAAUGAAAAGUUUUUGUUAAAGGUCAGGAAUCGGAUAGAUAGAGUUGGGAUCGAUCUUCCAGCAAUCGAAGUCCGAUUUGAGCACGUUAAUAUCGAUGCAGAAGUUUUUGUAGGAAGCAGAGCUUUGCCUUCAUGCUUUAACUUCUGUAUCAGUAUCGUAGAGGGGUUUUUGAAUUUUGCCCAUAUUCUAUCAAAUAAGAAGAAACACUUGUCUAUCCUUAAAGAUGCCAGUGGCGUGAUCAAGCCAAGGAGAAUGACUUUGCUAUUGGGUCCUCCAAGUUCUGGAAAGACAACACUGUUAUUGGCUUUGGCUGGAAAGCUCGACCCAGAUCUGAAGUUCUCUGGGAGGGUAACUUAUAAUGGCCAUGACAUGAAUGAGUUCGUGCCUCAAAGAACUGCAGCCUAUAUCAGUCAAUUUGAUCUCCAUAUUGGAGAAAUGACUGUAAGGGAAACCUUGGCCUUCUCAGCAAGGUGCCAAGGGAUCGGAUCACGUUAUGAUAUGCUAGCAGAGUUGUCUAGAAGAGAAAAAGAGGCAAAUAUCAAACCUGAUCAAGAUGUUGAUAUCUACAUGAAGGCAGCAACAACUGAAGGCCAAGAGGCUGCUGUGGCGACAGAUUAUAUAUUGAAGGUUUUGGGUUUAGAAGCGUGUGCUGAUACCAUGGUUGGAGAUGAAAUGUUGAGGGGUAUUUCUGGAGGACAAAGAAAGCGUGUGACAACAGGUAAACGAGUUACAUGGAAAAUAAAACUCACUUUUCUUGAUACGAGUUUCCUAUUUGAUAAUCUAUGUAACCCAAUUACAGGGGAAAUGAUGGUCGGACCAGCAAAGGCAUUGUUUAUGGACGAAAUAUCUACAGGAUUGGACAGCUCGACAACUUUCCAAAUUGUGAAUUCGCUCAGGCAAUAUGUUCAUAUUCUCGAUGGAACAGCAGUCAUUUCUCUACUGCAGCCUGCACCAGAGACAUACAAUCUUUUCGAUGAUAUCAUUCUCCUCUCGGAUGGCUACAUUGUGUACCAGGGAUCCCGUGAAAACGUUCUCGAGUUUUUUGAAUCCAUGGGCUUUAAAUGUCCUGAUAGGAAAGGCGUGGCUGACUUUCUACAAGAGGUGACGUCAAGGAAAGAUCAAGAGCAGUAUUGGGCACGCAAAGAUGAGCCUUACAGUUUUGUCACGACCCAGGAAUUCGCCGAGGCAUUCCAAUCAUUCCAUGUGGGAAGAAGAAUAGGAGAUGAACUUGCAACUCCCUAUGACAAGACAAAAAGUCACCCAGCUGCAUUGACCACCAAAAAGUACGGUGUUAGUCAGAAGGAGCUAAUAAAAGCUUCCUUUUCAAGAGAAUACUUGCUGAUGAAAAGGAAUUCGUUUGUUUAUGUCUUCAAGUUAUCACAACUUUUCUUUAUGGCACUGAUUGCAAUGACAAUUUUCCUACGAACGAAAAUGCCACGUGAAGAUGCAACUGAUGGAGGAAUUUACACCAAUGCUUUGUUCUUCACUGUGAUUAUGAUUAUGUUUAAUGGAAUGGCAGAGUUGUCUAUGACCAUUAUAAAGCUUCCUGUCUUUUACAAGCAAAGGGACCUCCUCUUCUAUCCCUCAUGGGUGUAUGCUAUUCCUCAAUGGAUCCUCAAAAUCCCGAUAACAUUUUUAGAAGUUGCUGUUUGGGUAUUCAUGACCUACUAUGUCAUUGGAUUUGAUCCGAAUGUCGGAAGGUUGUUUAAGCAAUACCUCCUGCUAGUACUUGUAAACCAAAUGGCCUCUGGACUAUUCCGAUUUAUGGCAGCAUUGGGGAGGAGCAUGAUUGUUGCUAAUACCUUUGGGACUUUUGCAUUCCUCUUGCUUUUUGCCUUGGGUGGCUUUAUCCUCGCCAAAGAGGAUAUAAAGAAAUGGUGGAUAUGGGGUUACUGGAUAUCACCUUUGAUGUAUGGGCAAAAUGCACUAGUAGUUAACGAGUUCCUGGGAAACAAUUGGAAAAAAGUUCUCCCAAACACAACUGAACCACUGGGAGUUACAGUGCUGAAGAAUCGUGAUUUCGUCACCGACGCCUAUUGGUAUUGGAUUGGUGCAGGUGCAACUGUUGGAUUCAUCUUCCUUUUCAACAUUGGUUUCCCCAUCGCUCUUGCUUAUCUUAACCCAUUUGGAAAGUCACAGUCUACAAAAUCAGACGAACCGGAAAGCAAUGAAGAGGGCAAGAGGACAGGGGGAGGCAUACAGUUAACACAGAGAGAAAACAGCUCGAGUCAGAGGGGAAGUACCUCAUCAGCAAUUGAGGCCAGUCGUAAUGGCAAAAGAGGAAUGGUCCUUCCAUUUGAACAACAUUCCAUCACUUUUGAUGAGAUUAUAUAUUCUGUUGACAUGCCACAGGAAAUGAAGGAGCAGGGUGUCCUUGAGGAUAAACUGGUGCUUCUGAAGGGUGUGAGCGGUGCUUUCAGGCCUGGUGUUCUCACUGCUUUGAUGGGUGUUAGUGGUGCUGGUAAAACAACACUGAUGGAUGUGCUGGCUGGUAGGAAAACUGGUGGAUAUAUAGAGGGGAACAUCACAAUUUCGGGUUACCCAAAGAAGCAAGAAACGUUUGCUCGAAUUUCUGGGUACUGUGAGCAAAAUGACAUUCAUUCUCCUCAUGUUACCGUGUACGAGUCCUUGCUCUAUUCAGCAUGGCUCCGCUUAUCCUCUGCCGUUGAUUCCGAAACAAGAAAGAUGUUCAUUGAGGAAGUCAUGGAGCUUGUGGAGCUGAACCCAUUGAGGAAUGCACUUGUUGGGUUGCCUGGUGUAAAUGGUCUCUCUACUGAGCAGCGCAAGAGGCUCACUAUUGCAGUCGAGCUUGUGGCAAACCCCUCCAUAAUAUUCAUGGAUGAACCAACUUCAGGUCUAGAUGCAAGAGCUGCCGCAAUUGUCAUGAGAACAGUCAGGAACACAGUAGACACUGGAAGAACGGUUGUGUGCACAAUCCAUCAGCCAAGCAUUGACAUAUUUGAAGCUUUUGAUGAGCUUUUCCUAAUGAAGCGUGGAGGACAAGAGAUAUAUGUUGGGCCAUUGGGUCACCACUCUUGCCAUCUUAUCCAGUAUUUUGAGAGCACCGAAGGAGUCAAAAAAAUUACAGAUGGUUAUAAUCCAGCGACUUGGAUGUUGGAAGUUACAAGUCAAGGGGAAGAAAUUGCUUUGGGUGUAGAUUUUACUGCUGUGUAUAGAAACUCAGAACUAUACAGGAGGAACAAAGCAUUGAUUAAGGAGUUGAGCACACCUGCUCCUGGUUCAAAGGAUCUCUAUUUCUUGACGCAAUAUUCGCAGCCUUUUUGGACUCAAUGCAUGGCUUGCCUAUGGAAACAACGCUGGUCGUAUUGGCGCAACCCACUAUAUACUGCUGUCAGAUUCCUCUUCACUGUAUUCAUAUCCUUGGCAUUCGGGACAAUGUUCUGGGACCUUGGCACCAAGACGAAGAGCAUGCAAGAUUUAUCUAAUGCCAUGGGUUCCAUGUAUGCUGCUGUUCUCUUCCUUGGCGUCCAAAAUGCUUCGUCUGUGCAACCUGUUGUGGCUGUUGAACGAACUGUCUUCUACAGAGAGAGAGCUGCUGGAAUGUAUUCUGCUUUGCCAUAUGCAUUUGGACAGGUUGCAAUUGAGAUCCCAUAUAUUUUCGUGCAAUCUACAGUAUAUGGCAUUAUAGUUUAUGCAAUGAUUGGAUUUGAAUGGACUGCAGCCAAAUUCUUUUGGUACCUAUUUUUCAUGUUUUUCACAUUGUUGUACUUCACCUUCUACGGCAUGAUGAGUGUGGCUUUUACACCAAACCACCAUAUUGCUUCCAUCAUAUCCUCCGCAUUUUAUGGUAUCUGGAACCUGUUUUCUGGAUUCAUAAUCCCUCGACCUAGGAUUCCCAUUUGGUGGAGAUGGUACAGCUGGGCAUGCCCUAUUGCCUGGACAUUGUAUGGACUUGUGGCUUCACAAUUUGGAGAUAUUAAGGAUGCACUUGAAGACAGUGAAAUUUCUGGUGAAACCGUAGAAGAAUACGUGAGAAGGUAUUUUGGAUUCAAGCAUGAUUUUCUGGCAGUUGUGGCAGUUGUGGUUGCUGGGUUUGCCGUGCUCUUUGCAUUUAUCUUUGCGUUUUCGAUCAAGGUCUUUAAUUUCCAAAGGCGUUAGACAGAUUUGUAUUUGAUUAUUUGUAUCGGAUCAUGUUUGGGAUUUAAGUGACAGUGUUGGUUAGGGAGACAAGCUGGCCUAAGAGAAAGAGAGAGAUGCAAUAUGUUGUAUGUAUUCGAGACACUCUUAAUAAGCAAAAGUUAUUGUAUUUAAGGUUGAA